AUGUUGAAGAUUGGAGAAGGAGAUGCAAUGUGGUCAAUGUGGUGUUCCUUUGAAGGUUUGUCAUGGGAAUUGGCCUUGUGCCACGUUUGGGUUCCAAGUAUAAGAGGUGGCUUUAGUUCAAUGGUUAAACGAAGCACAAGGACGAAAUGGGAAGA